UCUGUGGAAGCAUCUGCUAAGAUGUGUGAGGCCUACAAAGCAUACUUCGGCAUGCCUGUUGGUGACCAAGACAAACCAUGGGCUCCUCAUUUCACAUGUGAGCACUGCAAGAAAACUCUUGAAGGUUGGUACAGGGGAGAGAAGAGAGCCAUGCAUUUUGCUGUCCCAAGAAUUUGGCAUGAACCGACUGAUCACUCAACAAAUUGCUACUUCUGCAUGGUGGACCCUUCCAAACGUCGCACUGGCAAAAAUGCAACGCCUGUAACGUAUCCUGACAUUCCUUCAUCUAUUGCCCCAGUACCACACUGCCCUGAACUUCCUGUACCAACACCUCCAGACACAGCAACACCACCUUCAGAAGAAAGCAGCAGGUCAGACACCCAGGAAGAUGUUGAAGAUCACGAUUUCUCUUCAUGUGCAGAUGAGGAGCGGAAGCCAUACUACCCUAACCAAAAUGACCUCAACGAUCUGAUCAGAGACCUUGGUCUCACCAAGUCCAACGCUGAGCUUCUGACAUCAAGGCUCAAGCAAUGGAACUUAUUAGAUGAAAGCGUCCAAGUCACAGGUCAGAGGAAGCGUCACCAAGUUUUUUCCACCUUCUUCAGUCAUCAAGACGGACUGUGCUUCUGCAACAAUGUGGCCGGUCUAUUCGAGGCUAUAGGUAUCACCUGUAACCCGAAUGAGUGGCGUCUCUUCAUAGACAGCUCAUGCAAGAGCCUCAAAGCCGUGCAGUUUCACAAUGGGAACAAGUACCCAUCUCUUCCUGUAGCUCACUCGGUGCACCUGAAAGAGGAAUACACCAGUGUCAAGAUGUUGCUAGGUGCCUUGAAGUAUGAUGAGUACGGCUGGGAAGUUAUUGGAGAUUUCAAAAUGGUGUCAUUCCUGAUGGGCCUCCAGGGUGGUUUUACUAAGUAUCCUUGCUUUAUUUGCCUUUGGGACAGCCGGGAUACUAAAGCGCACUACCACAGGCGGGACUGGCCUCAGCGGACAGAGUUUACUGUGGGGAAGAACAAUGUAAAGUGGGAGUCACUGGUGGACCCACGCAAGGUGCUGAUGCCACCACUACACAUCAAGUUGGGGCUCAUAAAACAAUUUGUCAGGGCUCUGGAUAAGGAGUCGAGAGCUUUCAAUUACCUCCAAGAUCUUUUCCCUAAGCUGCCUGAAGCAAAGAUCAAAGCUGGUGUCUUCGUCCGACCACAAAUCAAGAAGAUCAUAGAGUGCAGUGAAUUUCCCAAGAAGCUGAAUAGGAAGGAGAGAGCGGCUUGGAACAGUUUUGUCGCAGUGGUUCGCGGCUUGCUAGGCAAUCAUAAAGAUGAAAACUAUGUACAGCUGGUCCAGACUCUGAUAAAGAACUAUGCUGCAAUGGGCUACAGGAUGUCACUCAAAAUCAAUAUCCUUGAUGCUCAUCUUGAUAAGUUCAAAGAGAACAUGGGAGCUUAUUCAGAGGAGCAAGGCGAGCGCUUCCACCAGGACAUUAUGAACUUUGAACGUUACCAAGGAUAA